UGGGGGGGGUGCUUUUUGAUGAGGCUGUUGCUCUUAACCUGGUGGAACUGUACCUGAACACCAUCUCACAGCCUCUAAGCGGUGAUCCUGGGGCCACCACGCACGAGCCAGGCCCAAACCGUGUCCUGGUGACCCCUCCUGCAGGAAUCGCACAGAGAGCUCCUCGGGACAGGCUGGCGGUGGGGAGGAGCAAGGAGAUGAAUGUGGCAGCGAAGUACCGCCAGGCGUCGCUGUACGUGGGUGACCUCCACGCAGAUGUCACCGAGGACUUGCUGUUCAAAAAGUUCAGCACCGUGGGGCCUGUGCUGUCCAUCCGCAUCUGCAGGGACCUGGUCACCCGCCGCUCUCUGGGCUAUGCCUACGUGAACUUCCUGAAGCUGGCCGAUGCCCAGAGGGCCCUGGACACGAUGAACUUCGACACGAUAAAGGGCAAACCCAUCCGCCUCAUGUGGUCUCAGCGCGAUGCCUACUUAAGGAAGUCGGGCAUCGGGAACGUGUUCAUCAAGAAUCUGGACAGAUCCAUUGAUAACAAAACGCUCUAUGAACAUUUUUCAGCCUUUGGGAAGAUCCUUUCCUCCAAGGUGAUGAGUGAUGACCAAGGAUCUAGGGGCUAUGCAUUUGUGCACUUUCAGAACCAGAUCGCAGCCGACAGGGCCAUCGAGGAGAUGAAUGGGGCUCUGCUUAAGGACUGCAGGCUGUUUGUCGGCAGAUUCAAAAACCGUAAAGAUCGGGAAGCCGAGCUCCGCAACAAGGCCAAUGAAUUCACCAAUGUUUACAUCAAAAACUUUGGAGAUGACAUGGAUGAUGAGAGACUGAAGGAAGUUUUCAGUAAAUAUGGUAAAACCCUGAGUGUGAAGGUGAUGACAGAUUCCAGUGGGAAAUCCAAAGGCUUUGGCUUUGUGAGUUUUGAUAGCCAUGAGGCUGCCAAAAAGGCCGUUGAAGAAAUGAAUGGAAAGGAUAUAAACGGACAGCUGCUUUUUGUAGGCCGGGCGCAAAAGAAAUCCGAGCGACAGGCCGAGUUAAAGCAAGUGUUUGAGCAGCUGAAACAGGAAAGAUUUCGGAGGUGCCAAGGCAUGAAGCUCUAUAUUAAGAAUCUCGAUGACACCAUUGAUGAUGAGAAACUGUGGAGGGAAUUUUCUUCAUUUGGAUCAAUUAGCAGAGUCAAGAUAAUGCGGGAAGAAGGGCGAAGCAAAGGGUUUGGCUUGAUCUGCUUCUCCUCUCCUGAGGAGGCCACUAAAGCAAUGGCUGAGAUGAAUGGCCGUAUCUUGGGCUCCAAGCCACUCUACAUUGCCCUGGCCCAGAAGCCCUAGGAGAGAAACACCACGGCAGCCCGUGGUUGCAGCAGCCUUGGGAAUGACAGCGAUCUCUGCCUGAAUUAGCCUCAGAAACAUUUCAAAUCCCAGCUGAUGGUCCCUUGAUUUAGUAAACUUUGUGAUAAAAGGUUUUGUAUAUGAAGCUAUUUUUUCUUUGGUGGAAAAAUAAAUGAAUCUCGGAAGCUUGAUUCAUUUCACAGGGGCACAUCUUCUAAUUAUAAUAUUGUGUAUUAUUCUGAUUUUGAUUUAGUAUUCAUAGCAAUAAGAAUAAUUAGAUAUAUUUUUAUUACAUUUUGAACCAUCUGCAGUGAGGUAAUUAUUUGAGUUCAUAUCAUAUUUUCUUUCUUAUU